AUGUCUGCUGCCAACAAGGUUAAGAACAUCAUUCCUCUCCUCGACCGCGUCUUGGUCCAACGUAUCAAGCCCCAAGAGAAAACUGCCUCUGGUAUCUUUAUUCCCGAGAAGGCUCAAGAAGCUUCCAACCAAGCUGUCGUUCUUGCCGUUGGUAAGGGUGCAUUGAACAAGGAAGGUAACCACAUUCCUUUGCAAGUUGCCACUGGUGACAAGGUCAUUCUUCCUCCUUUCGGUGGUAGCGCUAUCAAGGUCCAGGGUGAGGAAUACUUUUUGUUCCGUGAUUCCGAGAUCGUUGCCAAGGUUGAGGAGAACUAA